AUGUCGUUAAUCUCUCGCAUAGGCGCCAGAGCCAGAGCGAACGAAAACCACUGGGCCAAGAAAGAGCAAGAGAUGGAGUUGCAAAAAAGGCACAAAAAGCAAAAGAACGAAGAAGAUGAAGACGACGACGACGACGCUCGAAGAAAGAAACCGAUGCUGCUCGAAAGAAGAGCACGUGGUGAUGAUGACGAUAGUAAUAACAACAGUAAUAGUACAGAAUACGAUGGAGUUACGAAAUUAGCGGAAGUCUACGCGAACGAGUUGCGUUUAUCGGCGCAAGCUGAAGCGAGAGAGUUGAGAAAACACAAGAGGUUUGAUAUCAGCGAAGGAAAUACCAACCGAGGACAACGGAGAGCUUUUCCAGAAAACGAUGGCAUGAUUCGACGACGACGAGACCGAUGGGGCUUCGAAGCUAUUAAGUCUGAUUUAGAACUCAGGAAAAUCGAGCGUCAAAACGCGUCAGCGUCUGAACGGCUCGCGGCGAGGCGAAUGCACGAGGUGCACAAAUCGACCAACGCCGCCGCUAUGCGCGCGCUCGUUUACGCGAGUUGUUUAGCAGUGUGCGGCGUCGUUGGUGGAAGCGUUUGCGCUUCUGCGUUUUUAGAUGUUGCCAGCGUGGAAGAUUUACGCAACGCAACGAAACGGAACUUUGAGCCUACGGUCAUUCGAAUACGAGAACGCGUCGACGCUUAUAAUAAUAACAACAACGGUAGUAUAAGUCACGAAGUAAUGAGUGGCGGCAUCAACAGACUUCGAGAGUCAAUGGGCGGGAAGCGCGCGAAUUUUCUCGACAAAGUGGAAGAGAGCGAAUUCGUACUGGCGUUACGACGAGUGUUUAGAAUGAAAGAGAAGAAGAAACCACCUCCGUCGUCAAAGUCGUAG